CGGCGUUGGCGAAGCGGGAAGCAUGGCGGCGACGGGGGGUGAGGCGCGGCCCGAGAGUGUCUCGCCGUCUGGAGGGGGUUUGGUAGUCAACUGGUCAGGUCAAGGAUUGCAAAAACUGGGCCCAACCUUACCCUGUGAUGCUGAUACUCACACUCUUAUUUUGGACAAAAACCAGAUAAUUAAAUUGGAACACUUGGAGAAAUGCAGGAACUUGAUGCAGCUCUCUGUAGCCAACAAUCGUUUGGUGCGGAUGAUGGGUGUAGCAAAACUGACUAAGCUCCGGGUGCUAAACUUGCCUCACAAUAGUAUUGGAUAUGUGGAAGGGCUGAAGGACUUGGUGCACCUGGAAUGGCUGAACUUGGCAGGAAAUAACCUCAAGACCAUUGAACAAAUCAAUUCCUGUCUGUCUCUUCAGCAUCUUGAUUUGUCAGACAAUAAUAUUGCACAAUUAGGUGAUCUCUCCAAGCUUACAUCACUGAAGACUCUAUUGCUACAUGGAAAUAUUAUAACUUCACUUCGCACUGCCCCUGUUUGCCUACCUCAGAAUCUGACUGUUUUUUCUUUGGCAGAAAAUGAAAUCAGAGACUUAAAUGAGGUUUCUUUCCUAGCUUCUCUUCCCCAUUUGGAACAGUUGUCAAUUAUGAACAACCCUUGUGUGAUGGCCACACCUUCUAUCCCUGGGUUUGACUACAGACCAUAUAUUGUCAGCUGGUGUCUGAACCUUAAAGUUCUUGAUGGUUAUGUGAUUUCUCAGAAGGAAAGUUUGAAAGCAGAAUGGCUGUAUAGUCAAGGUAAAGGCAGAUCAUACCGACCCGGGCAGCAUGUUCAGCUGGUCCAAUACUUGGCUACUGUUUGUCCUCUGAUAUCUACCUAUGGUCUCCAGACUGAAGAGGAUGCCAAACUAGAAAAAAUACUGAGUAAGCAAAGGCUUCACCAGAGGCAGUUGAUGCAUCAGAACCAAAAUGAAGGAUCACCCACAUCAUCUACUCCCAGCAAGAUGCUGCCAGAUACUUACGAACACAGCAGUCCAGCCCAGCCACCACAGAUAGCUCUUGAAAGUGAACCUGUCAUCCAGAAGAAUUCUUGGGUUGGACCAAGUGCAAAUGAUGAUCAUUCCUAUGCAGUAAAGAACACUGUUCUUGAAAAAAGUUUUCACAAAGAGCUAUACCUUGAAGAUACGCAGACAGAUGAAGACAAACUAAACACCAGCCUUUUAUCUUCAGAGUCUACUUUCAUGCCAGUUGCUUCAGGAUUGUCUCCAGUGUUUCCUACGUCAGACCUGAAGCUACAUGGAAUCGGUUUGGGCCUAGAAGAUGAUGAUGAUACAGUCACCGAGUGUGUGAGAGGUGUUAAUAGUGGACAAAUUGCCUCACAUGUCACAAGAGAGUGCUCCAGCAGAGCAGUGGGAAGUGUGGAAACUCGGAGUGUGAAAGAGAGUAUGCUGUUACCUUCUUCUGACCCAGUACCAGCUACCCUGACUGCUAAUACCAGCAACACGUCAGCAUCCUCUGAAGACCAAGUUCUACGUAGUCCGCCCAGCACCUCAGUAGGUGCUGUGUCAGGAGUUGCAUCUCUCUGUCCUGACCAGAUGGCAGGAGAAAGUUCUGAUUCGUUAGCUGGUGUUGACCGAGGCAAAGCUGAACUGGAAAGUAUGACUAAAGCAGCCACCAAGCUCCAAGCCUGCUGGAGAGGGUUUUACACAAGGAACUACCAUUCCCGAGCCAAGGAAGUGCGGUACGAAAUGCGACUGAAGAGAAUGCAGGAGCACAUCAUUUGCUUAACUGAUGAAAUAGAAAAGCUAAGAAAAGAAAGAGAGGAAGAUAGAGUGCAGAGACUUGUGCAGGAGGAAGCUGUCAGAUUUCUUUGGAACCAGGUUAAAUCCCUUCAACAAUGGCAGCUUUCAGUGACACAAAAUUCAAGUGCCACUUGGCAACCUGGGAUCCCUUCAUCCAGUACUUCCAGUCCAUCAUCCACACUCGAGCAAGAAACCCCACCAGAUGUCAAGUCUGCUUUGUUAGUUCCAGGUAGUGAUGUUGUUCAGGAAAAGUCUUUGCUGCGGUUCCCAGAUUCUGGUUUUCAUUCUUCAAUGGCUGAUCAGACUCAUGCAGGUGACUUGUGUAGCUCUGAAAAGAGUUUAGCAGAAGGAACUGAGAGCUCUCUUUCAAUGGAAACUGUCAAGCACUGUGGCAAUUCUGUUUCAGCAUAUUCCUCAGAUGUAGAGGAUGGCCAUGGAGAAUAUGAGCAAAGUAAAGAAAGCUCUAGUAAUGAGCAGGAGAAUGGACUAAUUCAACAGUAUUUGGAAUCUGUUCAGCAACUGGAAGAGGCUGAUGAAGGGACAAAUUGCAAUGAUGAAAGAGAGGGUAGCUGGCCACAAACCACUGUUUCAGCAGAAAACCAAGAUUUUUCUUCUGACACUGUCUCUGUAGAUCUCUCUCAAGGUACAUCUGCUCCUGGCCAAGAUGAAAUCAGUCAGACACCAGAAAGCUGCAAACUGAAUUCAGGAAUAAUAGAAGGGAAACAGGCGGACUGUGAUUGUUCAUUUCAGAUGCUGCACGUUGGAAUAGCUGUAUAGUAGGUUCAGUUCCACAAAGACCUAGGGAUUCCAUGUUACUUUCCUUCAUGUUUUUAAUGUGUUCUGUUUCAGAUUUUGACUCAUGUUAACAGUUUGUUUUAGUGUUGAUGCUGAGGACUGAAAACCAGCUAUGCUAACCUGAAAUCAGCAAAGUUCUCAGUGACAGUCAUUAUGCACUUUAUUUCCAAACAUAAAACUGGUAUCCAAAUAACUGGCUUCUGUUAAAUUAAUUCUGAAGAUUGGGGGUGUUGGGAAGGUGUGUG